AUGAAAGCAGAUAAUGAACAAAUCAUUUUAAGUCAUCAAUUGAGAACAUGGUCAGCGGUAAUUCCUAAAUCAAUAAUUCUUGAUGAACGUGUACGAAGAUUUCGAGAAACUCGGCGUAAUAAAAAUAAUCCGGAUAAGCAUGGUAGCUCUUUAAAGCUUAAUUCGAACUCUUCAACAGAUUCAUUGUCAAAAUUGACAACUCCAAAACUACAACCUCCAACAGCAGUCGCUACAACUAAUAUUCAUAGGACCCUUGAUUUUUCGGAAUUCUCUAUGUCACAUGAUGAUCUUUGUGGUAUGGCAUUAACACAGUCAUUCAUUUAUUUAGCAACAAAAUAUGAAGUAAGAGUCGUAUCGUUAGAGAAAAAAGCAAUCAUUGCUCAAUAUGGUACAGAAGGUAAUGGACCUAAUCAAUUUAAACAUAUAUCAUAUCUUUACAUUCCACACAAUGAUGAAACUAAUCUUUAUAUUGUUGAUCGUGGUCAAUAUUGUGUUCAACAAUAUAAAAUUGAUAGUAACGGUCUUUGUUUUGAAUAUGUUCAACAAUAUGUUGUGAUUGCAAAUGUUUCUGAACGAUACAAUUUAGUAUCAUGUGUUAUUUUUAAUCAAAAUCUUUAUGUUAGCGAUGAUGCAAACUAUUGUUUACAUAGGUUUCGUUUAAAUGCAGCACGUCAAUCAUUUUAUUUCGUUGAUAAUUCAGUAAAUCCAAUUUCACCUGGAUCAUUAUGUGUUCAUGAUAAAUAUUUAUAUGUUGCUGUUCGUUCAUUAGCAACUCUAAGUAUAGUGGUAUUUAAUGAACAAUGUGAAAUAGUUGAUUGGUUUCGUAAUCCUAUGAUACAAGAAAUUUUAGCUAUGGAUAUCAGUUCAGAUGAUAAUGAAUUAUAUAUUUUAACAACAACACAAGAUGAAAAUGAUAACAAGAAAAAACGACUAGCGAUUAUAUCAAUGGAUCUUGUCGUUGGUCCACAAAAAUGA